AAAAUCGAAAAACCAUGGGCAAGCUCACCAAGGAAGAGGAACUUCUGCUCUCGAGCUACUCGGCGACCAGCUCCACCAAGGGAAACCUCUUCUUCUACCUCAACGCGUUGAUCAUCUCCAUCGCCCCGCUCUACCUCUUCUACGGAGUUCACCAGAUGGAGAUCCAAGACUCGCUUGUCGUGUGGGGACUCUCUGCCGUCGGCACUGCCUACCUCCUGUCCCUGGCCUGCAAAAACCAGAAGUGCCUUCUCAAGCAUCAAAUCGUGAUGAAGCGCGGAUCAGCUGUGGAACGCGAGAUCAGCGGACAAUAUGCUGCUGACAAGAAAAUGACUGUUAAGGAGAAGGAGGAGCGCGCGCUUUUCCGCAAAAACGAGGUCGCCGACACCGAAUCCACCUACUUGUCGGUCUUCUACACAAACUCGCUCUACUUGACCAUCAUGCUCGUCUCGGCGUUCUUCUUGCUCGCCAACGUGGCUCCAGUCUUCAACUUGCUCAUCUCCACCAUCGGAUCCGCCGGACUCGUCGCCUUCCUCUCCACCGCUAAGAACUAAGCGAUCUUUACAAACGGGACCCCCCUUUUUUUUCUCAAAAAGUUUCAUGUAUUUAUCAUAAAAAACGAAAGUUUAAUUUAUUUUUCCCCACCACCCACCCGCAGAUUUUUUGUAUAAUAAAUCCCAAAAACUAAA